AACCAAGAAAUGGUCUUUGUUUGCCUCCCAAGUCUCCAUUCAAGUCUCACUCCUCUCUACCCUUUUGGUAAGCAACACAUUUUAAGUCCACGUCAACUUUCUCGAGAGCGGAAAUAAGCUUUUAUCACUAGGUUAUUUCAUGUCGUAACUUCAGAAAAAAUAAACGGUGAAUUUAGUCAACAAGAAAAGUGUUACAGACUUGGUCAAGUGAUGUGUUUUCUGCCAAGUUAGUUAGAAGUUGAAAUUUGGUUCUUGUGUUUAUUGACUUAUAGUAAACCAUGAUGUUCUUAAAUAUUUAUUUUUUUUGCUUGAAGUAUUUAGAAUUUUAGUGAUCUCCUCUGUUUUAGGUUUAGUUGUACUUGUUAUUCAAAAAACAAGAAUGAUUUUUUCCUUCAAUUUUUGAAGGAAAAAGAUUUAACUCGAUGGCAACUUUUUUCAGAAAAUUUUUGCCUACUAAUCCAUCGGCCUCGAAUUCGAAUUUUAAUGCUGAUGAUGAGUACAACAUGGAGUACUCAUUUGCUUUGCAGUACAGUGGCCCUCCGGUGACUUAUGAUAUUCCUCGGGUGGUUCCUGUGGAUGUUGGUCACAUUCCGACAGCUGCAGAGGUUUCUACUUCAUCUAGUUUGAGUAAUUUGUCACUGCCUGUUGUUCAACCUAUAGUUAAGAAGAGGAAGGAUCAUUUGAGCAUGAGAUUGCCAAAUGAGAGAAAGUUGGAUUUAAGUGCAGCAGCUAAUUCUCCGAUUUCUGUAAUAGAUGCAGGUGGAUUUGAUGAUGGUCGUGAAGCUCGUUUAUCAAGUGGUCAAGGUACAUCAUUUAGAGUUGUUAAUGUGAUUGAUGAUUCAGGUGAAUCAGGAUAUUCUGAUAGUUAUGAGUUUAUAACAAGGAGAGUUUUGAAUAGAAAUGCAAGUUCUAGGAGUUUAGGGGUCUCAGAGAGUCAUGGUAAUUCACAUGAAUUGUCAGAAAAUAUGGAUGUGGAGGGUGUAAGUGAUGGUCCUGUGGGAGGUCUUUCUUCAGAAUUUGAUAAACCAGGAUUGAGAUCACCUAUUCUUUCCUCUGAAAUUACGUCUUGUGAAGAAGAGGAGUCUGUUCAUGAGGCCAGGUCUCCUCGCCAUAGAAUACCUAUAGUGAAGUUUCGUGAUCCUGAAUUGAGUGAUAUUGUUUAUGGGGAGAAUGAUCACGUUGAGUCAGUUGUUGUACAAGAAAAGCAAAGAAGUACUAGGGCUAGUGUUGGGAAAGGAUUAUGCCAUCUAUGUCUCAAGGGAAACCAAUUCACACAGAAGGAAGCUUGCUUGGUUUGUAGUGCGAAGUAUUGCUACAAGUGUGUGCUGAGGGCAAUGGGAUCGAUGCCAGAAGGAAGAAAGUGUAUUAGUUGCAUUGGUUAUAGGAUUGAUGAGUCAAAGAGAGCGACCUUGGGAAAAAGUUCUAGAAUGAUUAAAAGAUUACACGUUAAGGCAAGAGCAAAAGAAAUCAUGAGGCAUGAGAUAUCAUGCAAAGCCAAUCAGUUUCCACCUGAAUUGAUCUAUGUGAAUGGCAGAUCACUUAGUGAAGCAGAGCUGGUUGAAUUGCUAUGCUGUCCAAAUCCUCCGAGAAAGCUAGAACCCAUAAAGUAUUGGUAUGACAAGGUGUCUGGACUAUGGGGAAAGGAAGGGAAGAAGCCUUGCCAGAUUAUUAGCGCUCAAUUGUCUGUUGGUGAUCAGAUCAUGCGAAAUGCCAGCAAUGGCAAUACAAACAUUUUGGUAAAUAAUAGGGAGAUCACCAGAUCGGAACUCUGGAUGUUAGAGUUUGCAGGAAUUAAUUGUGAAGGAAAACCACACUUUUGGAUGAGUGCUGAUGGUUCCUUCCAGGAGGAGGGGCAAAAAAAUGUCAUGAAGCAAAAAUUAUUUAAGCCUAGAAUCAAACUACUUUGUGCUAUUUUAUCUUUGCCAGUGCCUUCUGAGGCUGCACAUUCUGGUAUACAAGAAGAUAAUAAAAUUACUAGCAAACUUGCUUCGGGCAACCUUGAGCAGAGAAAACCUUGUAAAUUUCUUAUGGUUGGUUCUGAGAAAUCUGGAACCAGCACCUUAUUUAAACAGGCUAAAAUUUUGUACAAUGCUCCUUUCUCUGAAGAAGAGCGUCAAGAAAUUAAAAUCAUUAUUCAGAGCAAGCUCUACAGCUAUAUUGGUAUUCUUCUUGAGGAUCGUGAACGAUUUGAGGAGGAAAGUUUGAACAGAGCGAGGAUGAAACAUGCUGAUCAGCUUGGUGCUUCACCGUCAGGCACACAAAGUACUGACCAGAUUGCUGAAGAAAGUAUUUAUUCCAUCAACAAAAGACUAAGAGCAUUUUCUGAUUGGCUUCUCCAAGUUAUGGUGUCCGGAAAUUUAGAGGCCAUAUUCCCAGCUUCUACUCGAGAGUAUGCACCACUAGUGGAGGAACUGUGGAAGGAUAAAGCCAUUCAAGCCACAUACAACCGGAUAAAUGAACUCCAAAUGCUUUCUCAAGGUGUCAGUUAUUUUUUAAAUCGGGCUGUUGAAAUUACGAGGGCAGACUAUGAGCCUUCUGACAUAGACAUUCUGCAUGCUGAAGGCAUCACUUUAUCUAACGGGAUUGCCAGUGUUGAAUUUUCAUUCCCCAAAUCAGUUCAGGACAGCUACAUGGACAUUACUGAUCAUGAUGAUCCGCUAAAAAGAUACCAACUCAUUAGAGUGCACACGAGUAGCCUUGGUAAUAAGUGCAAGUGGUUAGAGAUGUUUGAAGAAGUUGAUCUUGUCAUAUAUUGUGUUUCUUUAACAGAUUACUGUCAGUUUUCAUAUGACACCAAUGGUGAUGCUACAAACAAUAUGCUGAAGAGUAGAAAUUUGUUUGAAACCAUAGUGAACCAUGCAAUCUCUUCUGAAAAGGACUGUCUUCUGAUACUCACAAAAUUCGACCUUUUAGAAGAGAUGAUUGAAAAGGUUCCUCUCACUCGUUGUGAAUGGUUUCAUGACUUCAAUCCAGUGAUUAGCAGCAAUCCAAACUCCAACAUGAGCAACAAUUCAAAUGCUUCAUUAGCUCAACGAGCAUUCCAUUACAUUGCAUCAAAGUUCAAAGGAGAGUUUUAUUCCUUAACUGGAAACAGAUUAUACGUAUCACAGGUUAGUGGACUGGAAGCUGAUAGUGUGGAUGAAGCACUGAAAUACGCAAGGGAGAUUCUAAACUGGGAUUUUGAGAAACCAACUUAUAAUAUAAAUGAGUGGUCUUCUGGCAGUGUUGAAAUCAGCAGCUCCUCAUGAUCAGCACCGCAGCCUGUGCCUGUUUCUUGCUUGAAAUUUUUUUUGUUGUGUAAAUUUACUGCGUCUAUGCAAAUUGCAGUUGAAUUGAUAGAAAAAGAAAGAGUAGAUAGGAAGUGCUUAAUCAAGUUACAUAAAGAUAAUGAAGAAGUUAGAGAUGUUUGAAGA